AUGUCACAAUCGCUUCGCCCGUACCUGAACGCCGUGCGGCUCUCGCUGCAGGCCGCGCUGACGCUGUCCAAUUUCUCGUCGCAGGACGUGGAGCGCCACAACAGACCCGAGAUCGAGGCGCACACCACCAGCGCGGAGCUGCUGCUGCAGCCCAUGCACAUCGCGCGCAACGAGCACGAGCACGUGCUGAUCGAGCCCAGCGUCAACAGCGUGCGCAUGAGCAUUUGCGUCAAGCAAGCCGACGAGAUAGAGCAGAUCUUGGUGCACAAGUUCACGCGCUUUCUGGAGCAGCGCGCCGAGUCCUUCUACGUGCUGCGCCGCGUGCCGCUACCGGGCUACAGCAUUUCCUUCCUGGUCACGAACAAGCACACCGAAACCAUGAUCACCGACCGCCUGGUCGACUUUGUCAUCGAGUUCAUGGAGGAAGUCGACAAGGAAAUCAGCGAAAUGAAGUUGUUUCUGAACGCAAGGGCACGGUUCGUGGCGGAGGCCUACCUGGGCGAGUUCGUCUACUGA